UUUUUCCACAAUCGGUCUUCCCGUCGUCCUUUGCGCCGUGGUGACGUCAGGUCAGCUGAUCUGUGCUAGAGCAAGGAGAAAGAUGUCGCCGACAAGCUUCCGAAGGAUGAAGGCUCGAUUUUCCGUGGUGUUUGUCUUCUGCUUCUUUUUAACAACCGGUGUCUAUGGAGACACUUUUACAGUGCUACAGGCUCCGGACUUUGUGUCCUUCCAGAAAGGAGACUGGCCUGUUUCUGGGGAGAAGAUCCCAGACUUGGUGGCUUUAACAAUGGGCUUUUCUGUUCAAGAGGAUCUGUCCUGGUCCGGCCUCCGCUCUGGUUCUUUAUUCCGGCGUCCCAGUGCUAAUGUUCUGUUGGUGGUCAGAGGAGUUGAUAGCCUGGUUCUGCCUCAGAGCGUGGCCUCUUACCCCUUGGAGAAUCCGGUGCCCUUCACUUUGGAUAAUGUUGCAGAGACAGUUCACUCUCUUUUUGCUGAAGACACACCUGUAGUGCUGCAACUGGCUCCCAGUGAGGAGAGGCUGUAUAUGCUUGGAAAAGCCAAUGCCGUAUUUGAGGACCUACCAGUCACUUUGCAGCAGAUCCGUGCUCGUCUGUCCCAGGAUGGCUCUGUGCUGGCCUCCCUGCCCCUCAACUCUCUUAGCAGAAAUUCAGAGGCUGAUCUGCUCUUCUUGUCUGAGGUUCAAGUACUGCAUGACAUCACAGCUCUGUUACAAAGGCACAGGCAUUUAGCUAAGGACCACUCGCCUGAUCUCUACUCCUUGGAGCUGUCAGGCCUGGAGGAGCUGAGCCGGCUCUAUGGCGAAGAUUCUCCUCAGUAUCGUGACGCCACUGCCAUCCUGGCCUCUGUCCUGCAGAAGUUUGGGGAAGAGGUGUAUGGUCUCUAUGGCAACAAUGCUGUCGUGGAAGUUGUGACAGUGAAAAUGUUUGAAGCUCCUUUGACCAGGAAGUCUCGUUCCAUCCUGCAAUCUAGUCAGACUAAAAAUGAAGACCCAUACAACCGGGCCUACAAGUACAGGGCUGACUAUGCUGUGGUUUUCAACAUUGUGCUAUGGCUGAUGAUCAUUCUGGCUAUCGCGGUCAUCGUCAUUUCCUACAACCUGUGGAACAUGGACCCAGGCUACGACAGCAUCAUCUACAGGAUGACAAAUCAGAAGAUCAGGAUGGAUUAAGUCCUGUCCAUCUCCAGCUGUCCCCUGGGGUCUAUCUUGUGACCAUUUGUGUUUUGUGUGAGUUCUUGUUUAGUGGGAAAAUAAAUGUGAUGGCUUGAUGGGGUAUGGACUUAAUACUGAAUCACCACUUGUUUGUAACACGGUAGUUGAGUCUGAAUUUUAUCUUCAUUAUGAGGUUAGAUAUCCUCCUCCACUGGAAACCUUGACCAAAUUCUGACUUUCCCUCCCUCAGACUAACAUCAUCAUCAGUUCACAUCAUUCCUUAUAAUUUAAUUCUCCUGUUUGUUUGUUUUUUCCCUGGUGAUUGCAGUUGUAUUUUUAUUGUAAAAACUAUUGUGAUGUUAUGAAAGGAUGGAAAUUGUCUGGUUUCUGUUUGAAGUUGUGCUUGUCUUGAUGUGUGAAACUGUUUUAAAGUUAAAUUAAAUCUAUGUGUAUAUAUUGAAAAUACAACUAUGUGAGAAACUGCUGUACUCUCAUUGUGAGAUGUGAGGGGGCUACUGCUUCUGUUCCAAGUGAAAACUACUAAAUCGAUUGCAUAAAACUUGAUUAUAACAUUAGUUGUUAGGAUAAAAUCUGAAUAAAUGAAGCUCUGUAAAUGGCAAUGUAAUACCUGGCAAUAAAUUAUUACACCCAGA